AUGCGGCUCCCGGACGGGAGGACCCUAGGCUAUGCCAAAUAUGGUCGUGAAACGGGGUAUCCGCUGAUGUUCAUACAUGGCUAUCCCCAAUGUCGUUUUGAGGCCUCUGCCCUGGACCAUAUCUUUCGCCAGCGCGGAAUUCGUGUGAUUGCCCCAGAGCGACCAGGCUUCGGUCUUUCCACAGUCCAACCCAACCGGCGCAUCAUGGACUGGCCCGCCGAUGUUCAAGAAUUGGCUCACCAUCUCAGCCUCUCUCGGUUUGCAAUCAUGGGCAGCUCCGGCGGCGGGCCCUAUGCUUUAGCAAAUGGGUUGAAUACACAAAUGGCAACCCGGCGAGUCAACGACUACCUGCUAAAGGACCAGGAUCAACACGAGGAACCAGUUGGGGAACGACGAGCUCAAUUGCUGCGCGUGUUAUUUAAGCCGUUUGCACAGAGUGCUAGCCUUGCUGCAUACGAGGCGAAGCUAUUGUCACAAGACUGGGGCAUUGAGUUCGGCGACAUCACUUACAACAACCUCCACAUCUGGCAUGUUGGGAAAGAUUGGAAUUCGCCGCUUCGAAUAACGGAAUACUAUGUCAAGCGUCUUUCUAACAGCCCAUUCUUCACAGCGUUCGAAGGCGAUACACACUUCACGAUUCAUAGGCAUCUGGACGAGAUUCUCUCAGAGCUGAUUCUUGAGAGCUCAUAG